UUGAUCACAAUGGUGGAGUAAUUUCACCGUGAUACGUGCGAUUAGAAAUAAUGUCAACUGAUAGAAACGGGGGGCAUAAUUCCAUUAAGUUCAGUACAAAUGGUAAUGUGAGUAGCCUAACAGUAAUAAAGUUUUUAGACAACAGCUCAAUACUAAGAAGAAAACACAACCUGAACAACAAAUAUAAUUGAUUUUAAUAUGAAGGAAAUAUUGAAAGAAGAAACGCUCAUCAGUAUGCAUGUACAUGUAGUUCAUCUGUGAAAAAUAAAUUAUCUGCUUAUUGAUUUGUAUAAUUUUGAAUAAUUAUUCAAAAACUCAAAGUGAGUCAUAGACAUAUUUAUCAUAGCACUUUUUGAUCCUUGUUAUAAUAUCUGGAUAUUGGAAUAAAUGGGAUACUGGCACUAAAUCAUAAAAUUCAGUGAUGGAAGGAGGAAGAUGGGGUUUGGUCAUUGUAUUUGCAGCAUUUAUGAUCCAGUUUAUCACCUUUGGAACAAGUUUUGCUAUGGGUGUCUAUGCAGUGGAGUUUUUGGAUUAUUUUAAAGAUGAUGCUUUUGCAGUAUCAUUUAUACUGUCAAUAAAUCUUGGUGUUUUCCUUGGAUCAGGUCCAUUAGUGGGUUAUUUGAUGACAAAGUUCUCACAUAGAUUAAUCGUAUUAGUUGGAGGUGUAAUGAGUACAGUUGGUUUACUGAUGAUUCCUAUAUUGCCAUACUUACCAGCUUUAUACAUCUUUUAUGGUCUACUAAAUGGACUUGGAUGUUGUAUGUCAUACACACCUUCACAUGUAUUGAGUGGAUUGUAUUAUAAUAAGUAUCAGAGUUUAUCAACUGGAGUAGCUACAAGUGGGUCAGGUCUAGGAUCAGCUGUCAUGCCUAUUUUAGCUGGUUACCUCAUCGAGGAAUUCACAUGGAAGGGAUCUUUAUAUAUUAUCAGUGGGAUAAAUCUUCAUGUUUUAGUAUUUGGCGCUUUGUUAAGACCUGUUCCUCAAUCAACAAAAACCUCUUUAUCAGAUAGCAAUACAGAUAUUAAAACCGACAUUAAUAAUGAAACUAAGAUGGCUCUUUUGGAUAUCCAGGAGAAUAAGAAUUCAACUGUGUCUGUUAAUAAAACCCCAAUUAUGAAAAAAGUUGCAGGCUCGUGUUUGGCAAAAAUUUACCAUAAGCACCUUUUUGUGUUCCAGAAUUUUGGUUUUGUAGUUUAUUGUAUUAAUAAUAUUUGUUGGAACUGUUCGUGUGCUAUUACGGUAACUUUUAUACCUGAUUAUCUUGUUGAACAAGGUGUUGAACGAAUUGAUGCAGCGUUUAUAGUAACAAUAACUGGACUAGGAACAUUUAUCGGAGGAGUAGCAGGAGCUAUAUUAGGCAAUGUUCCUUGGAUUAACAGAUUAGGAUUAUUUUCAUUUAGUAAUAUUGUGUUUGGUGUAUGUUGCUUUAUAUUUGUGUGGAUAUCAGAUUAUGUGGAUUAUUUAGCAGUAGGAUUUGUUUCUGGUUUUAUGUUUGGUAUUACUCUGGCUUUGUUGUUAGUUUUAGUAACAGAUUUUUUAGGUAUGGAACAUCUGGGUCAUGGAUUAGGUUAUCUACUAUUAGCCAAUGGGAUCGGGGCAUUUGCAGGACCACCAAUAGCAGGUAAAAUAGAAGAGGUGUAUGGAAGUUAUGAACCAAGUUUAUAUACAGCAGGUGUAAUAUGUGUAAUAGGUGGAUGUUUGUUGGUUCUCAUGCCUAUACAAAAAGCUCUGAAGGAUGACAGUAGACAGUGUAAGGAAACAGAAAUAACACUAGCUACAGAUGUUUAACAUGGAAAGACCAUGUUAGGCAAUAUUAUUAUAAAUACUGGUAUCAAAAUAGAUGAUUGUUCAGAUUUUUUAUUUUAAAAAGUUUACAAUUUAAAGUAUUUUAUUUGUUAUUUGUGUAUGAAUGAUUGAUUGGUUAGCACUAUACCAGCACGUAUAAGAGACCAUAUUUAUAGUCCAACUUGUUCAAUCUUAUACCAUGGUAUGUCUUGUAAUAAGUAUUAUAAAAUACUGUUAUCAGUAGAUAAAUGCUCAGAUGUUUUAGUUUAAAUAGUUUACAAUUUAAAGUAUUUUAAUUGUUAUUUAUGAGUGAAUGAUUUAUUGGUUAGCACUAUACCACUACGUAUUAGAUCACAUUUAUACCGCAACUUGUUAAAUCUUAUACCAUGUUAUGUCUUGUAAUAAGUAUUAUAAAAUGUACAUUGUCAUUAUUAAGUUUUGUACAUCAUAUGUCGGAUACAAAUCUGCAUUUGGGACUGGUGGAGAUAAUGGUGUGUCCAAAUUUAAAAGCUGUAACUAUAUAGGUGUUAGCAACCCUGUUUGAGUUGUAUUUACUACUUCCUUACUUAGAGGAAAUGGGAAAAUAGUACACAAAUCUGAUAUUAACCCAUGGUAAGCUAUAAAAUGGUGUCAUUAUAAAUUAGCCGAUGGAAAUUAUUUGUUUUCUUAAGGUUCUGAAUAUUUUGAAGAACACUGAUAUGGUACUGUCGUCCUAAUUAAGGUUAAUUGAAAUGACAGUCCAUUCCUCAUGAAUACGGUCAAUGCUAGGAAAUGUUCAUCUAUAGACUCUCUUGUAGUGUGUACCAAUUUUUUAUACAUAUACCUUGUACUCACAAACCUGUGAACACCAUUUUCUCAAGCAGUUCCACAUGUUUUGUAUAGAUGUUAUGUCUCGUUAGGGAAAGGACUGCGCACAUAUCCCUUUUCAUCCCUAGUACAAUUUUUGUUAUAUUCAAUUUAGGUUGUGGCCAAUUUUGUGGCAAACAAAUGACCUGCCCAAAAUGUUCUCAGAUCCAAAAGCAUGUUUUAUGCUGAUUGUACAUGGAUAUCUGUGUAAGAUAAAGCUCUCAUCACAAGCCCAUUG